AUGAAUCAUGAACCCAAAACUUCAGUUCCGCAAUUCGAAAAUAAGCAAAAAAACGUGCGAAGUUCAAGGAAACUGAUCGCUAAUGUAAAUAUGAAGACAGAGAAGGUAUUACCGCAAUCAUCAACCUCAAAACCUCUGUCCAAUACUACUACAUUGUCCAUUAAGUCUACAACUUUCUCAGCGGUAAAGGAAGAUGUCGCUAUUGAUUACUACGAUAUUUACGAUGAAAAUUUUGAUAAGUCAAAACAUGCAGGCAGACAAGGGAUACUAGGAGGGGUAUCCGAUCUCUUGCAAAAUAUUCAGGAUGGCUUAUCAAUAGCACAAGCAGCUUUACCAUCUCACGAAAAACAAAUCUAUGAAACUGCAACGACCACCGAUGGACCAGCUUUUCUGUUGAGUCGAGAUGAAGAUUCACUGACAAUUGGUAUGCAACAUGAUACCCACAAUGGUGUUAGUAAUUCGAGACUUAAAUUUCAACGAUUCGGACCAAAACCGUCUCGACCAAAUGCAUCGCAGCCGAUGUCGACAUUAUUCAAACUAGGCAAUCCAGGCGCAAUUCAGCAAAUGUUUCAAUUUUUUGGUCUAUGCAAGAGUCAUGAAUUAUAAUCAUCCAUACAUUUCUUUACUCCAAAGAAACGGAAACCAGAAAGAUAUUGGAAAUGAUCUCCUAAAGAGAAGAAUUGUUUUUCAAUGUAA